GUAGAGACCAGUCCGGCAAGGGUAAAUGUGUAUAGUUCCUUAAUGAUGAAGAAGACCCAUAUUUAGGUAUAUUCUUCCCUAAAACUAACGCAAUAGCCUACUACUACGAUAGCCUCCAUGGGUCCCUGCCCGAUGCAAGGCAGACUGGAUGCCACCUCCACCUCCUCCUAUCGUUCGCCAUGAAGAGUCUGGGUUCGUGAAGCGUUUGAAGAAGGCGAUCCCCAAAAUCACACUGAUCGAAUUACCAAAGAACCGCUAUCUAGGAUCUAAAGAAAUUGGCACUGGUGUCAAUGGAUCCGUUGUGCAAGUUGGAGUUCGUGGUGCAGCAGGUGUUAAGCUCGCAUUGAAACGAUGCAAACUGGAUAACGACCGAGAAUACCGUGCUGCUAUUGUUCGUGAACUUAAAAUCAUGGCAAGCGGCCAUGCGAACCUAAUCAAGCUCCGCGAAGCAUCGGUCCACAAGAAUGAAGUCUGGAUUGCUAUGGAUCUCAUGCGAUGUAGCGUCUUUGCAGUUCUUUGCUGCCGUGGUUUGCCAGAGGAAUAUGCAGUAUACAUUAUCCGACAGACCUUGAAUGCCCUAGUGUUUCUGCACAGCAAACAGUUUAUCCAUCGAGAUGUCAAAUGUGAAAACUUGUUGAUCGGCCCCCACGGUGAAGUUAAACUUGCUGAUUUUGGUCUUGCGACAAGCACACGACACACCAAUCGCGAAAGACUUGGAACAGCCAAGUGGAUGGCACCAGAGGUUAUCCGGGAACAAUCAUACGACGAAAAAGUUGAUCUUUGGUCGCUCGGUAUCACAUUGAUUGAGAUGAUGGACCGUGUUCCUCCGCAUUACGCAACAAAGGACGACGAGGAAGUGUUUGACAAGAUCCUGGAAGAACCUAGCCCCACUUUCACGUACAGCUAUCCGACCAUCUACUGCACUGGUCUUGUCGCAUGGCUUUUAGAAGAAACCCCUGAAAAUCGACCCACCGCCAAAGACGUUGUUGCAGAACUCGACUUGCACAUUGAACAAAGUUUGCUGAAAUCUACCGAUGCACAAGGUCUUGCCUCUUUUGUGAACAAGACAUUGGUGACAUAAUACUUUCUUUCUUCUGCGCAUAUACACUUCUGGUCUGACUCUCGCACAUUACAUAUUACCGUCUCCGCGCAGAAUGUCAUCUUUCUUUAUUAUUCCUAUCAUAUACCUUUUCUUUCGUUUUGUCUUCCUUUGCGCGGUUGAUUCCCUAUUAAUUUACCUUAAAUUCUUCAGGCCUGGAUGGUCUGAUGGGUUAUGCAAAAGAGUAUAUGAAUUACGUUCAUGAAUUAAUUUUAUUUACUACUACUAUUACUACUAUUACUAUCACCGCACUAGUACAACACCACAUUAGCAAUGUUUAUUUUCCAUAAUAUAGCAUGAUCUACCAUUCUCUUUUCUGCACGGACCACUUUAACUCAUAUUGUGAAAAAGACGUUAAUAUAAACUCAGCCACAAGGUGCA